AUGGUAUCACAGAAACGUUACGUACCUCGUCGCUUUCCACCUAGCAUCAGUAAUCCCGAAGAGGUGUUUAAAGAUCAAAGUCCAACCAUGGAGGAAGCAAAGGCCAUUAUUGCAACACAGAAUCAGCAGCAUCAUCAUCAGUGCACCUGUGCUAUCCAUGCGCCGAAUCUCUCAUCCAAUCCGGCGUCGCUAUCCGGCUAUGGCGUGUCCCCAGGCGAGCCUGCAAGCGUGAGUGUUGAUUCGUGCAAGUGCCGGGACAUCCCGGCUUGUGUGGUCUGCUCACCAGGAACACGGACUGCAGAAAAGGAAUAUGCAGAGCCUGUCUUUGGAACAGAGUCUUGCUGCGAGGAUGAUGGGUCUAAGGCAGUCUGA